AUGGAAGCAGUUAAGGACAUCACGGAGACGGCGGCCGUGGACCUGGGCGACCUGCUGGACGCCGGGGACGGCGCUGUGGUGAUACUCGAGGCAGGUGACACUCGGCUGGUGGUGCACAGGGCCGUCCUGGCGGACAGGAGCCCCGUGUUCGCCGCCAUGUUCGCCCACGACACCCUCGAGGCCAGCAGCGGCGCGGCCCCCCAGCUGCCCGGCGUGGCCCCCCAGCUGCUGGCCGCAGCGGAUAAGUACGGGGCGUCGGGGCUGAAGGCGGAGUGCGAGCGACAGGUGGCUGCUCAGCUGACUGUUGAGACCGCGGCAGCCGCAGCCACCCUCGCAGUCCGCCACUCCUGCAGUGACCUUAGGCGCACCGCUAUCGAAUUUAUUAAGACUCGUACCCACGAGGUGAUGGCCACUAAGGGGUGGGCAGAUGCCAUGCGGAAGCAGCCGGAAGACUUGAUCGAAGUGAGCCUGUUGCUGUAUGAUCCAGCACCACGAACCAACGCACCAGCCGCCACCAUCACCACUGCCACCGCCACCACGGCCAGCACACCCUGCCAGCCACCUGCCGCUGCUGCACCGCCCACGUCUCCUCCACCUGGACAAGCCACUGUCUCUCGCAUCUGGAGCAUUUCUGCGGAGGAGAGAAGCAGGAAGCUGAUAGAGGCAGCUAAGGAGGGGUUGGUGGAGCAGCUGCGAGCGUUGCUUCUGGCAGGGACGGACGUGCAUGCGAGGGACAGAGACAGACGGACUGCCCUGCACUGGGCGGCACUCAGGGGACACUUGGAGGCGGCGAGCAGCCAUGUGGGAGGCGGUUCAGAGGUGAACGCCAAGGACAGCUGGCACAACACGCCUCUGCACUUGGCUGCACGGAGUGGCCAUGGAGCUGUGGUGUGGCUGCUUUUGGGGGCCUACGCUGACCCCAACGCGAGGAAUCAGUGGGGUUCGACGCCGCUGCACAGGGCGGCAAUUGGUGGCCACAUAGAGGCGGCAGCUGCACUGAUGCAGGCUGGAGCCGAUACAGAGGCCAGGGAUGAGGAUGGGGAGACCCCCCUGGACCUCGCCUGGCAAAACAACAAGCACCAGCUGGUGGACUUGCUAACACGUAGUUGA